UCUUUCUAUCCCCUCUGCGACCCUUCCCAGAGUGUUUAUUCGUCUGUGCAACCGCCGCCCCCUGUAGUGUACUGCCAAUAAUCUGUCACCUAAUCAUUUGCCACUCGCUCUCGCCCCUCUGCUGGUGAAUAUGUGGAUAUAUGAGUAGGAGCCCUGCUGCUGCCACUGACUAUCCUCCAGCUUCCCUUGUCCACAAAGUGACCAGCAGCUGCCCGGGCAGGGACAGGGUGGAAAGGCCGGGGAGGAAGGGGUGGCUGGUGACGUCAGGAUGCUCAGCAGAAGGAAAGUUGCGCUGGGCUCUGGCACUGUUUAAAUAAGGAAGGAGCGGCCAGUGCACCGAGUACCUUGGACAGCGCCUUUCGUCGGUUAGAAAAAGCCAUCUGAUAAGAGGUGGGAAGGGAAAGCUUCUACCUCCGCAAUUAGCACCAGCAGACAGGGAUCCUGCAGCAGCAACAACCGAACUGUCUGCGCCCCCAGCUCCCCUUUCCUCUUUGCAAUGGGAUCACUGUAUCGGAAUGAAUCUAUCACCGAGCAGCCUGCCUAGUGGCAUGAGCCAAUGAAUUGAGGGCACAGACUAAAUAAGGCAGCACAGGAGCCAGACGCGGAGCUGCUGGGAGUACAAGGGUAAGAGCGCUACAUUGGCACAGUGGAAGAGGAGCUACUUUGAGGAGGAUUCGGUGUUGCAGCAGCAGCAGCAGCAGCAGAUGUCGAGCAACACGUAAGGUAGAAGCCCCCCCCCCCUGAACGCGCAGAGGCACAUCCCAGCCUGAUGCUGCUGCUACUGCAUGAGAGGGGGUCUCAGCCGUUGGGAAGUUGCAGCAAAGAGGGAGGUGGAUCAGAACAAGCCCAAGCCCUCGAGUGGAAGUAGGAGACACGAGCACCUCGGUUUGUAUCCCUCGCAGCCCGCGGGGAGGGGGCGGAAUGGACCUGCUAAACCCGAGGAAUUGAUGGCCGCUAUCUAUUGCGCAAUCGGCCAACUCGGAGCAACGGGAAGCUCAUUCCUGGAUGUGCCCAGCGCCCGAGCAGAGAAUGGAGCAGUCUGAUACUUAUUGCUGUUAGCGCGGCAGCACCGACAUAUUUGGGGGGAGGCUCUCGGGGAGCCUUGAUGCAUCACACUGGUGGGAAUUCAUUGUGUUACUUUGUGGGGAUUUACUGAGUUGGAAAAAACGACAUGCAGCUCUUGAAAGCAUUAUGGGCAUUAGCUGGAGCGGCUAUCUGCUGUUUUCUUCUGUUUCUUAUCCACUCCCAGAUCCUUAAAGAAGGUCAGUUGGCUGCAGGUACAUGUGAGGUUGUUACAUACGACAGAGAUAGCAGUCAGCCACGGAGGACUAUAGCCCGACAAACAGCACGCUGUGCAUGUAAGAAAGGACAGAUUGCCGGCACAACAAGAGCAAAGCCAGCCUGUGUAGAUGCACGUAUCAUAAAAACAAAACAGUGGUGUGAAAUGCUUCCAUGCUUAGAAGGGGAAGGCUGUGAAUUGUUACUCAAUAAAUCAGGUUGGACCUGUAUGCAGCCAGGUGGGCGAAUAAAGACAACAACAACGCAAGGGGUGUGACCACUGAAGACAGACAGAAACAGCCCACGCUGAUUUACAUUUAAGUCUCCUGACAAAUGCAACAUCAAAGCCCUGCAGAAGCCGUUCAAGCUUUUGAGAUCGACGUACUUUAGACAAUUUCACUGCUGUGGAUCAUCAUUGUAUGCCAUCUACUCUGUCUGUGCAUCCAGUAUCUCAUUAAAGACAGCAUAAUUUCCCAAAAUAUUGAGCAAAACUUUGUCCUCCCUUGUUUAGGAUUAUGAGAGUGAAGAAUACUGUGUGCUGACAUGAGAUAUGACCGGGCAUUAGCAAUACCGCUCAUGGUUAACAUUUCAUCUAAACUAGAUGUUGCAAACUUCUUUGAAUUUUAAUAUUCUACCAAACAGAAGAGUAUUCGCCCCAAUCAGCCUUAGAAAGAAGACUGUUUUGUCUACAGGAGGACUAAAGUGCAAAAGAGAUUGUCUUGGACUUGUCGAAUUGCUUUUAUUUUCUAAUAUGUUGGAUAUAAAUACAAUAGACCAAAGAGCAAAGCAUAUGUUAAAAAGGACAAAACCCAAAACUGGGGCAAGGGGUAAAGGUUUAACAUGAAUGCGUACAUGUGAUUUCAAAGGACAUGUUUUCUCAGCAGUUACAAUGCUGGAAGUUUACAUUCCAGUGGACAACUUUAUGGACAACUGCAGCAAAGCAUAUGCAGAAAAUAGCUCUUCAAAAGUACAUCUCUGGAACUUAAUGGAGCAUGGAGAAUAAAAACAGCCUAUGUUUUAAAACAAAUGUCACAACACAGAAACUGUCUUAAUGAUAUCUUUAUUCAUCUGUAUUAGAAUGACAUUGCCAUACUAAAACUCAUUUUAAGUUUUAACCAGUAAAAUACACCUCUUCUACAAAUCCAUUUUGAUAGUAGAAAUUGGAUAAAAAAAAGGUAUUUGCAAAAGAGCAUGUUUGGCCAUUUGUGGCCACAUUCUAUACACCAUUUAGCACCAGAAGGCAAAUUAAAGAGAAAAAAGUAACACUUGUUUGACAGAAAUCAUUAAAUGUAUUUUGAAAAAAGCCUAAAGUUAUAUAUUUAACAGUUUUUAUAUGUUGUAUAUUUGUAGAAAAUCCUAUUUACCAAUUAACGUGGUAACUCUGCAAUCCAAGUGUCAGAGUUGAAUUGUGUUUAUUACUUCAGUUGUCUCUGAAGCCACUAGUGUAGUUUGCUUUCUUCCAUUGGGACGUUUUGGAUGUAAAGCAUGAGCAGAGAUAACUCUGUAGAAAAAGCAAAGAAUAAUGUUUAUAUAAAUGCAUUCAACAUUGCACUCUUGGAAGACAUUUUUAUUUUCUCUUUGUGUAUUGUUAUAGUUUGAAACAUCUCCAUGUUGCUUUUUCACAUGAAAUUACUUUCAGCCCUUUUGAUAAAUGCACACAGGAUAAUAUAUAUAUAUAUAUAUAUAUAUAUAUAUAUAUAUAUAUAUAUAUAUAUAUAUAUAUAUAUAUAAUUAUGUACUGACAUAAUAUGAAAUCCUAUUACUUAAGAGAGAUAUAUUGACAAAACCGUAUAUAUAUAUAUAUAUAUAUAUAUAUAUCGCUAAAUUAUGAGAAUCAUUCAAAUGAAAAGAAUUAAAACAAUGAGUACUAUGGUAGAUAUCACCUAUUCAUUGUACAAGAUUUACCUCAUUUUUAGAAAUCUAUUUUUUUAUUCUUCAGUUUCAUGAAGUAAGCAAUUAAAUUAAAUUUGGUGUGUGAAUUAAGAACACAUGGUAUCAAACAUAAUCCCUGUUGUACUAUUCAGGAAUACCAAUGUGGUACAAAUUAGUGUACUGUCUUCCUGGCAGAUUUAUAUAUAUUUUUCUUAAUUCUCUCAUAGAAAACUAUUAUACAUAACCCCUUUCAUUUAUUUAGCAUGUUUUUAGAUUUGCUUAUUAAAAUACUUAUUUACAUCUACACUGAGAUGUGUAAGGCUUAAAGAAAGGACAAUUGCAGUUUCUGGUUAAUACAACAAGAAAAUAUACAACACGUUUUCAAAAUACAAAGCCUGAGUGACCUGUAGUUCAUUUCCGAUCAUUUUCAUUUAGAGUUGCUGUUAUAAUUGUUAACCAUUUUCAUGCAAUUAAAUCUAUUUUUACAUAAUUCCCUUUUGUUCCUUUGCAUUUGGCCAGUAAUAGCUAAUAUUUGAUUUGCUGGAUACCGCUUCAGUAAUCACUUCUCUAAACAAAAAAGACAUGCAAUAAAUUAUUUAAGUCCAUCUAGUUAUUCAAUUCUGACUCUAUGUUUUGGCUUACUGAUUAACCCCUUUGCCUCAAAGUAGUAAAAUAUUAUGGUAUAGAAAACACAGCAGUAGCGGAACAACUUUUUUUUAAAAAAAAGACACUAUCCACCCUUUCUUGCAAAGUUGGGUGAUGCUUUAUAAAUGUGUGUGCUUGUUGGAUGGUAAUCUAAAAUCCUUAGUAGUAGACUCAACCUGCGAUGAAGGGGUUAAUCUAUAUAAAAUGAGCAAGCUAUUUCUAUUUUCUGCACUCAGAAAGUUAAAGGUGUUCCAUUUUAUUGCUUUAAAGUAUUCUCUGUUGUGUUGGUAUAGCUAAAUUAUAAAAUAAAGACAAGUCCUUUUUU